AGUGCUCUCGAUGCGUCCCACCUAGAGAUUUCCCCACUGAGGUUUCAGUGAAGGGACAGGCUGACUGGUAACAGGGUGAUCAGGAGUUAGUGAGUGAGUGUUUGACAGAGAACAGUGUGUGAUUUCAGCUCAUCAGCCUGGUGAAUCUCUCCCCUCUACCCAGGGAGGAAGCACACUGAGACAGUGGUAUCAACCAGACUCUGACAGAGAAUUGGAAGAAAGUCAUGUAUUUACGCAGGCCAGAGACCCAGCCGUGAAGGACAAAAGGUGGUCUCCCCCUUCGGACAGGCCUCCCACCGCCCCCCACGCCAACCCUCACCACAGUGCCUCCCCAGAGGACCAGGAGAGCCCAGAGAGAGUGGUUCAGAAAGAGAAACUGCAUGCAGAGCUGAAGCAGGUGCUGAGUCUGAAGAGAAGCCACCUGAAAGAGACGUCUCAUUUGGCCCAAGCAGAGAUGGAUUCUUCAACAGACGCCCAAGCAGUGGAGGAGGCUGCAUCUGAGGUGGUGGAGGUUGUGCUGGAGACAGAGGCUGAGGCUGGAGCCAGUGGCUACAGUGUCACAGGUGGAGGGGAGCGAGGCCUCUUCAUUAAGGACGUCCUUAAAGACUCCACUGCAGCAAAGCAUCUUAGCCUCCAGCAAGGAGAUCAGUUGCUCAGUGCAAGAGUCUACUUUGACAAUGUGAAGUAUGAGGAUGCCCUGAAGAUCUUGCAGUGUGCAGAGCCUUAUAGAGUCUCCUUUUUCCUGAAGAGGACCAUCACCGGCGCUGAUGUCACCAUGCACCCUGGCACCACCAGCUUGGAACUGAAAGGACCCAAAACCAAGAUGCAGAAAAUGAGUGUCAAGAGCAUCAAACCUUUCAAAGCGAAGAAAAAGAAGGGAGGACGUUUUGGAUUGAAAAGGCUGAAGGAAAACAAGAAAGGGAGCACUGGAGCAGAGUUAGAGAUGGAGGGAUCCCCUUCCAAGGUGGAGCUCAACCCCAUUGACGUGGAGUUUGCCUUCCCCAAGUUCAAGCUGGGGAAGGAUGGGAAGGCAGAGGGAGCUGAGCAGCAUGGAGGAGUGGUCACCACUGGCAGGAAGAAGAGGACGAUAAGGUGUUCCAGGAUGAAAGCAAAUGGUGCUGAGGCGGCUACAGGAGAAGCUGACAUAACAGAACCAGCGGGACAGCCUGACGUCUCCCUGCCAGACGUGCCUGGAGCUAAGGUCAAAGUCAAAGGAAAGGGCCACAGGUUCGGAAUUCAUUUCCCUAAAACAAAAAAGACUAAAUCGGACACUGCCUUGUCUGGAGGGUCCCUGGACCUGAAACCUCCUGGUGUCAAAUUCACACCACCCUCAGUGGAAUUCAGUUUGCCAUCUGGAAACAAGGACGUUGACCUACAGAAACGAGAAGUGAAAGUCAAGGAGGGGUCAAAAUUGAUGCACAGAGAGGUAGAGCUUUCAUUAGGACUCCCCUCAGCCUGUCACUCUGAUGAAAUUGAUGGUGAGAUAAAAGCAAAAGGUUUAGCUGAAGGAGUUGAAGGGUCAACAGCCCUAUCUGGCAUUAAAAUGCCAGUUGUUGACAUCUCUGCACCCAACAUAGAUCUGCAGCUGGACACCCGGCGUACAGUGCCAGACGAGAUAGAGGGACCCUUUUUUAAAGGGCCAAAUAUAUCCAUGCCCAAAACUGACAUCGCAUUACCAAAGAUUGGAUCGUCUAACAUGGAUAUUGAAGGUCCAGAAAAGGGUGGAAAAAUGUGCCUGCCAAUUGUUGACAUUUCACUGCCAAAGAUGAUACCAGCAGAAGCAAACGUUGAUGUGGAAGGACACAUUGGAAAAGGAGGCAAGUUCAAAACGCCAACUUUCGAUGUUUCUCUUCCAAAAUUCAAGUCUCCAGAGGAGCAUACGAAUAUAGAGGGGCCUGAAGUCAAAGGGGAGUUCAACAUGCCAAAAGUUGACCUCUUACGCCCAAAAGGUAAAGUAGAGGGAGAGGUGGACAUUGAAGGAUACUUAGGAAAAGGAGGUCAAUUUCAGAUGCCCACAUUUGACAUUUCUCUACCAAAAAUGAAGUCAUCAGAGAGAGAAAGGAAUGUAGAAGGACCUGAAGUGAAGGGUGGCAAAAUUAAAAUGCCCUCUAUUGACAUAUCUCUCCCUGAAGGAAAAACAGAGGGGAAUAUUAACAUUGAGGGACAUUCUGGAAAAGGAGGCAAGUUCAAAAUGCCCUCAUGUGACAUUUCUCCUCCUAAAAUGAAGGGUGAUUCCAGUUUAGAGGGACCUGAAUUGAAAGGGGGACAGUUUGAAAUGCCCCCACUUGAUAUUUCCCUUGCCAAAGGAAAAACAGAGGGUGGAGUCAACAUUGAUGCAAAUGUAGGAAAAGAAGGAAAGUUCUCUCUUCCAAAAAUAAGGUUACCAAAGGGUGACAUGAAAAUAGAAGGAUCUGAUGUGAAAGGCAUCACAUUUCAUAUGCCCACUAUAGAUUGUUCACUUCCAACAGGACAAACAGAAGGUCACAUGAGCGUUGAAGGAGAUGCAUCUCACAUGCCUUCAUUUGAUAUUUCUGCUCCAAGAGCAAAGUUACCAGAGGGUAAAGCCAAAGUAGAAGGACCUGAAAUUAAAGGUGGAAAGGUUGAGAUGCCAAAAAUGGAUGUUUCCCUUCCAAAAGGCAGAACAGCGGGAGAAGUUAACAUUGAAGGUCAUGUCAGUAAAGGGGGCAAGUUUAAGAUGCCCACAUUCGGCAUUUCUUUCCCGAAAUUGAAGUCACCAGAGGGUAAGGGCAACACAGAGGGACCUGAAGUCAAAGGAGGGAAGUUUAAAAUGCCUACAAUUGGCAUUUCACUACCAAAAGGAAAAUCGGAAGGUGACAUCAAUGUUGAAGGAGGUUCUGAAGCAGGAGGCAAAUUUCAUAUGCCCACAUGUGACAUUUCUCUUCCAAAAAUGAAGUCACCAGAUGCAGAUAUCAGUUUAGAAAGACCAGAAGUCAAAGGAGGGAAGUGUCACAUGCCAACAAUUGACCUUUCCCUUCCCAAGGAAAAGGGUGAGAUUGACACUGAAGGACAUUCUGGAAAAGGAGGCAAGUUCCAAAUGCCAGCAUUCGAUAUAUCACUUCCAAAAAUGAAGACACCAGAUGGUGAAGUCAGCCUAGAAGUCCCUGAAGUCAAAGGGGGGAACAUUAAUAUGCCAACGAUGAACAUUUCUCCUCCAAAAGGAAAAAUGGAAGGUGAAGCUAAGGGACAUGCAAGCAAAGGGGGAAAACUUCACAUGCCCUCAGUUGACAUUUCCCUUCCAAAAAUGAAGUUGUCUGAAGGUGAAGUCAACAUAGAAGGACCCAAAGCCAGAGGGGGAAAGAUUGAAAUGCCAUCGAGUGAUAUUUCCCUUCCCAAAGGAAAGAUGGAGGGGGAAAUUGACAUUGAAGGACAUUCUGGAAAAGGAGGAAGAUUUCAUAUGCCUACAUUUGACGUUUCCCUUCCAAAAAUGAAGUCAAUAGAACCAGAUGUCAGUUUAGCAGGACCGGACGCCAAAGGAGGGAAGUUUCAUAUGCCAACAAUGGACUUUUCCCUUCCCAAGGAAAAGGGUGAGAUUGACACUCAAGGACAUUCUGGAAAAGGAGGCAAGUUCCAAAUGCCAGCAUUGGAUAUAUCACAUCCAAAAAUGAAGACAGAAGGAGAAGUCAGCCUAGAAGGCCCUGAUGUGAAAGGUAGAAAGUUUAAAAUGCCAAAGAUUGAUAUUUCACUUCCAAAAGGAAAAACAGAAGGGGGAAUAAACAUUGAAGAACAUUUGGGGGAAAAAGGAAAGUUUCACAUGCCCACAUGCGACAUGUCCUUGCCAAAAAUGAAGUCAAAUGAUGGUGACUUGAAAUUAGAGGGGCCAGAAGUGAAAGGCAGUAAAAUACAUAUGCCUAAAAUUGACAAUUCUCUUCCAAAGGGGAAGGCAGAAUGUGAUAUUCAGGUUGACGGGCAUGGAGGUAAAGGCGGAAAGUUCCACAUGCCCCCAAUUGACAUUUCUCUUCCAAAAAUAAAGUUGCCUGAGGGUGAAGUCAAAGUAGAAGGCCCUGAAGCCAAAGAUGGAAAGUUUGAAAUUCCAACAAUUGAUAUUUCACUUCAAAAAGGAAAAGCAGAGGGAGAAAUUGACAUGGAAGGACAUUCUGGAAAAGGAGGAAAGUUUCAUAUGCCAAAAUUUGAGGUAUCGCUCCCAAAUAUUAAGCUCCCAGAGGGUGACAUCAAACUAGAGGGACCAGAAGGGAAAGGCAACAAAAUACAGUUACCUAACAUUGACAUUUCUCUUCCUGAAGGGAAAACUGAAGGAGAUAUUGAGGUUGAGGGGCAUGGUGGCAAAGGAGGCAAGUUCCACAUGCCCUCAAUUGACAUUUCCCUUCCAAAAAUGAAGUUGCCUGAAGGUGAAGUCAAAGUAGAAGGCCCCGAAGCCAAAGGUGGAAACAUUGAAAUGCCAUCGAUUGAUAUUUCACUUCCCAAAGGAAAGAUGGAGGGGGAAAUUGAUAUUGAAGUUCAUUCUGGAAAAGGAGGAAGAUUUCAUAUGCCUACAUUUGACGUUUCCCUUGCAAAAAUGAAGUCACUAGAACCAGAUGUCAGUUUAGAAGGACCGGACGUCAAAGGAGGGAAGUUUGAAAUGCCAAAGAUUGAUAUUUUACUUCCAAAAGGAAAAACAGAGGGAGAAACUGACAUUGAAGAACAUUCUGGAAACGGAGGAAAGUUUCAUAUGACCUCAUUUGAUGUGUCACUACCAAAGAUGAAGCACCCAGUGGGUGAUGUCAAAGAAGGCCUUGAAGUCAAAGGGGGGAAGUUUAAAAUGCCCAAAAUUGAAGCAGAGGUUAGGAGUGGAGUCAAGUUACCAACUGUUAAACUGCCAACAGUAGACGUAUCUGCACCAAAGGUUGACUUCGACUCUGGGCUGUCAAAAUCUGAAGGAGAUGAUAGGGAAGAGACGGAGCUACAAAAAGCAGAGGGUGAAAGGUCAUCCUCUGGGUCAAGUUUUGACAUGCCAGAUAUCUCUCUCAAAAUGCCAAGAUUUUCUCUCCCUAAAUUUGGUGGAAAGUCUAGUGGAGAUGUAAACCUAGAAGGAUAUGGCACAGAGGACGAUAUUGAUAUUAGCCCCCCGCGAGCGGAUGGUGAGGGCAGACCAGCAUCAGCAGAAAUACGCGGAGAGGGAAAAAUAGAAGGUAAACUAAAGAAGCCCAAAAUGAAAAUGCCAAUGUUUGGAAUAUCUAAGAAAGAUGUAUCAAUAGCCAGCCCUGAUGUGGAAAUCAAGACAGAAAAGGGGAAAGUUGACAUUCCAAAGCCAGGAAUCAGUGUAGAACAUCCAGAGGACAAAGCAAAUAGAAAAUAUAGGCUAAAAUUUCCAAAGUUUAAGAAGUCAUCUCCUAAAGGUAAACUACCAGAGGGAGAAAUAGAUGUCUCAAUGGAUAGUGGAAUGGAAGGGAAAGGUGGCAUUCAUGCACCCGAUGAUACAAUCAAAAUGCCAAAGUUCUCCAUGCCAGGGUUUGGCUCACAGGAGAUAGACUUUGACAGUAGUGGACCCAGUGCUGAACUAGAUGUCACAGGAAAGGUAAAAAUACCAUCAGUGGAGAUAUCCCUGCCAGCUGCCAAGAAAUCUGAGCAAGAAGUGUUACUCCCAAAGGCUGAGGUGGAUGUGUCUGAGGCUGACAUCAGAGGUUAUGAAGGAAACCUGAAAAUCCCUAAAAUGCCAACUAUUGAUGUAUCAGCACCCAAAAUUGACCUUCAUGUAACUCUGCCUAAAAUCAAGCAUGAAACAAAAAUUGAGGGGGAGGGAGGCAAAUUUAAGAUGCCAAACAUCAAAAUGCCUGAUAUAGAUUUAUCACUUCCUAAAGAAAAAACUGGGAACAUUGAUGCAUCCAAGGUUGAAAUUGAAGGAAGGGGUGGAAAAUUCAAGAUGCCUGUCAUUAAAAUGCCAAAGGUUGACAUAUCACUUCCAAUAGGAAGACAUAGAGCAAUGGAUGUAUCCACAGUGGAAAUUGAAGGAGAAGGUGUAAAAUUCAAGAUGCCACAUAUGGAAAUGCCAAAUGUUGAUAUAUCACUUACCAAAGGAAAAAGUGGAGGGAUUGAAGGGCCAGAGAUGGAAAUUGAAGGAGGGGGCGGAAAUGUAAAAAUACCACAUAUGAAAAUGCCUGUGGUAGACUUAUCACUUCCAAAGGGAAAGUAUGGAGACAUAAGUGCACCAGAAAUGGAAAUGGAAGGAGGAGGAAAAUUCAAGAUGCCACAUAUGAAAAUGCCAAAUAUUGCCAUAUCACUUCCCAAAGGAAAAAGUGGAGAGAUUGAAGGCCCAGACAUGGAAAUUCAGGGAGAUGGAGGAAAAUUGAAGAUGUCACAUAUGAAAAUACCAACGGUAGACUUAUCACUUCCGAAGGGAAAGUCUGGAGACAAAAGUGCACCAGAAAUUGAAAUAGAAGGAGAUGGAGGAACAUUCAAGAUGCCACAUAUAAAAAUGCCAAAUAUUGAUUUAUCACUUCCCAAGGGAAAAAGUGGAGAGAUUGAAGGACCAGAGGUGGAAAUUGAAGGAGAGGGUGGAAAUAUGAAAAUGCCAAAUAUUCAUAUAUCCCUUCCUAAAGGAAAAAGUGGUGAUGUUAAUUCAACUGAAUCGGAAAUUGAGGGAGAUGGAGGAAAAUUCCAGAUGCCACAUAUGAAAAUGCCAAAUGUUGAUAUAUCACUUCCAAAAGGAAAAAGUGGAGACAUCAGUACACCAGAAAUGGAAAUGGAAGGAGGGGGAAAAUGGAAGAUGCCACAUAUGAAAAUGCCAAAUGUUGAUAUAUCACUUCCCAAAGGAAAAGGUGGAGAAACUGAAGAACCAGAAAUGGAAAUUGAAGGAGGGGGCAGAAAAUUGAAGAUGCCACAUAUGAAAAUGCCAAAUGUUGAUAUAUCACUUCCAAGAGGAAAAACUGGAGAGAUUGAAGCACCAGAGAUGGAAAUUCAGUCAGAGGGAGGAAAGUUCAAAAUGCCAAAGGUAGAUAUAUCACUUCCGAAAGGAAAGUAUGGAGAAAUUAGAGCACCAGAAAUGGAAGUCAAAGGAGGAAAUUUCAAGAUGCCACAUAUGAAAAUGCCAAAUAUUGCCAUAUCACUUCCAAAAGGAAAAAGUGGAGAUGUUAAUGCACCUGAAUUGGAAAUGGAUGGUGAGGGUGGAAGAUAUAAGAUGCCAGAAAUCAAACUGUCAAAUAUAGAUAUUACAAUGCCAAAGGGAAAUUCUGGUGACAUUGAUGCUGAAAUCAAACAGCCCAACGCUGAGGCAGAAGGAAAGAUAAAAAUGCCUUUGAUUGGUUUACCAAAGUUUACAACUCCCGACCUUGAUUUGGACAUGAAUGUUGGAAACCCCAACCAUGAAGCUGAGGUUCAUGGGAAAAGUUCAGACAAAACUGGUUCACAUUCUGAGGGAGACCAUAAGACGAAAAUCAAAAUGCCAACAAUAGACAUAGAGUGCCCAAAAGGAGAUCUGGAGCUGGAUAUAGGCUUCCAUAAAGCUGAGGGAAAGAAGGACAGAAAAAUAAUAGAGUUGCCUGACUUAGACCUUAAAACUUCUGGUACCAAAGGUAAGGGGCCAAAAGUCAAAAGCACCAAAUUCAAAAUUGGAUUGCCAAAAAUGAAGAACACUGGAGAUCAAGCAUUAGAUGCAACCACAAAGAAGACUGGGAAAGAGAAUGAAGGGGCCAGUGGUAGAUUUAUGAUUAAGAAGACAAAGCUUGGCAAAGGUGCAGAUGUGGCGGCAGAUGCGAAGGCAGUUGGUUCUGUGUUGCCAAACAUCUCCCUCCCAGAUGUGGGCUUCUCAGUAUCCAAAGGAGCCAGCCAAGAGGAUGAAGGUCAUGGUCCAGAGAUGAGUGCUAAAUUGCCAAAAUUCAAACUCCCUAAUGUGGAGAUCUCAGGUCCUUCAAUGACUGGCCAAGGAGGAGCACAAAUCAACAGUGGACAACAAGAAAACAAAGAUGGUAUCAAGUUUCAAAUGCCAAAAGUUACUCUACCGUCUGUGGGGCUGAAGAGCACACAAGGCUCUGCCGAGCCCCCUGGCACAGAUGCCGGCACAGAGAAUGGAUUCACAUUACCUAAUCUUGGAAUCAAAGUCCUCAAAAUACCAGAUAUAGACUUUGAUAUUGGAGCAUCUCAAGCUGAGGACCAAGGGGCAGAUACAAGUACAAGACAAAAAAUCAAAAUACCCAAGUUCGGGGUGGCUUUACCUGCUAUGUCUUCACCUGAAGCUAGAAUACAUUUGAAGGACCCAGAGGUUGAGUAUGAAGGACCUAAAAUGCCCAAAGUUAAAAAGGCUGUAUUUGUUUUGGUGAAUCCCCAAACAGACCACUCCACUAUGUCCACUAUGUGUGAAGCAAGUGUCGAGUCUGGAGAGGCUAAAAUCAGAAUGCCAAAGAUCAAAAUGAAGCCAUCGUUUGGAAAGUCAGGAUCCAAGGAAAAGAGUGUUGCUUUGAGCAUUGAAGGAGAUGUGGAUAGAGAUGACAAGUCAAAGGGAGCAAAGCAAAAGAUUCCCAAAGUCACCUUCUCUCCAGGCAAAACAGGUUCAUUUGAUGUAACCCUAAAAGGAGAGGGGUCUAGUUCCAGCCUCAAUGGUGAGAAGGUUUCAACAUUCCAGAACGGAUCCAAGGAGGAUAAAGCUAAGUUUGUGAAGCUCAAGCUUCCAAAGAUAGAGUUCUCCUCGCCAUACUCAAAAAUAGGCAGUGGAGAAGAGGACCUUGAAAUGAGUGCUAAGCUUGUCAAGGAGUCCUCAGGAACUGACGGAGAAACCAAGAGGAAGAAAGUGAAAUCAGGCAAAAUGUCCUUCCCGGGAUUUAAGAAGAAGACAUCCAAAGGAGAGGAGGAAACUCAAGACAGUGUGGUGUCCUCAUCAGCCAGGACAGAAAUGCUAGAUCAGGAUAGUUCAGAAUCAACAACGCCUAUGGUCUCCAUUGGCUUUGUUCCAGGGAAGUCUAGGGGGCAGGCAGAGGCUGAGAGCAGCAAGAAGGAGCUGGAAGGAAAGCAGUCAACCUGGUUCAAGGCCCCCAAAUUCAACCUGAAACCCAACUCAACAGGAAUUCUCCUCAUUACACCAGAAGGUUCUCCCCAGGGCAGCAGAUCCUCGCUCCAAUGCCAGGGUGUAGAUGAAACUGCAGGUACCUUCCGGCUCCAGAUGCCAAGCACGGGGUUCUCCACGCAGGAGGUGUCUGGGGAGAAUGUUACCACAACAAAGGAGAGAACCGUAACUGUGGUGACAAAGACGACAAAAAAUACAGUAACAGAGUCCAGAACUGGUCAAACCCAGACAUCGCUAUCCCAUUGUAAUCACUGAAGUCCGAAGAGAUGUGAGAGUAAUAUAUUUUCCCUCUGUCCUGAUGUGACGACUGUUUUUUGUAAAUGUUCCUCCAUGUUUUCUUUCUAUUUCAGUCUUUAUCGUCUUUGUUCAUUUGAGUGGUUUAAAUCUGAAUGUCAAUUCAUUAUGUAUUGUUGUUGGUAUCUUUUUUAUGCAAAAAAUACCACACAUUUUAAUUUCCCAAAGGAAAUGUCUAUUUUGCCUUCCCAUUUGAUAUACCAACAUUUACUUUGGCAUGAUUGUAGAAUUAGACUGACAAAGAACACAAACCAAUUUACCAAAAGCAAUUUGUAUGUAAAUACAUUGACAUGUUGGGUGCUUACUUAAUGAAAUAUGUAAUUAUUUUCAUAUUACUGAUGAUUGGAAUAGUAUUAAGGAUAGUAGUGAUUUGUGUUAAUGUAACUGAGGCUUGAGGAUGGUGUGAGAUUUGUGGUUUAAUCAUUUACUUACUUCAGCUUGUUUUUUCUUUUUGAUAUAUGAAGAUUUUUUGUAAUUAUACCAUACAUUGAAAUGUAAGAUUUAUAGGCUUCUACAAUGCAAUCCAUUUCAACACUCUCUAUGAGAAUCAAGCUAAGUAGACAAAACUUAAAAGAAUAGGAAACUAUCAUCUGAUAUUAAGCCAUGGUUUAAAGAAGCAGAUUGAAAUAUUUCAAAAUGAAUGCAAAUCCUCUUGGACAAAACAAUGUCUCAAUGUCUCCAAUUUCCUUUUCUUUUUUGGUGAGUUAGAAAGUAGGAAUUCAAUGUGUGUGCUCUACUGCAUGGGAAGAGUCCCAGCAAUCAUCUGUCAAACAAGUUUACAAAGUUUUCCUUAACCAGAUUUAACGCCUGUUGGAGCUGAAAAUUUGAAAUAACCAUCUAGAAUGGUGCAUGACAAGGAGAGAACAUGUACAUGACCAGAUAACACAGUUUAACAGUGUUUAUACGUAUAGAGAGAUUUUUUUACAAAUACCUUUAUGCUUAUGUUUUCAGUGCUUAUGGUUUCACAAUAAGCAGUUUUCAAAGCAAAGUGUUAACAAAGUGGCAUUAUCAAUAAUGUUGUUAAGAGAUCAUAUUAUUAAUAAACCUAAGAUUCCUAAAAAAAAAAA